AUGUUCCCUUCCCUGGGGUUCCUCCUCGCUGCCCUCUCCGUGGCAAGAUGCGCCCCGGUGCAGCAAGCAGCCGGGCGCAACAAGCUCCUCCUCGUGUCCUUCGACGGCUUUCGGUGGAAUUACGACCAGGACGUGGACACCCCCAACCUCGAUGCCAUGGCCGCGGCGGGGGGGAAGGCGCAGUACAUGACUCCUGCCUUCCCCACCAUAACCAGCCCCUGCCACUUCACGCUGCUCACGGGGAAAUACAUCGAGAACCACGGCGUGAUCCACAACAUGUGGUUCAACACCAGCACGGGCCAGAAGCUGCCCUACUACCACACGCAGGGGUGGGCCGUUCACGGGGCUGAGCUCCCAAUCCUGAGCACUGCAGCAAGCGGUUCUUGGAUCUCGGGAUUAAAGACCGGCUCCAUCUAUUUCCCUGGAGGAAAAGCAACCUAUCAAGGGGAGGAAGUGAAUAUGAAGAUGGUAGAGCCCCUUUUGUUCAAUUACAGCAAUGAAAACAAUUGGAGGGAGAACAUCGACACCGUGAUGGAAUGGUUCACGGUGAACAACCUGGACUUCAUUGCCCUCUACUUCGGCGAGCCAGACUCCACAGGACACAAGUACGGCCCUGAAUCCACGCAGAGAAAAGCCAUGGUCAGCCAGGUGGACAGAACCGUGGGUUACUUACGGAAACGCAUUGCAGAAAGCGGCCUAGAAUCAACCCUCAACCUAGUCAUCACGUCUGACCAUGGUAUGGACACUGUCAUAAAGACCAACGAAAUCCACCUCCGGACGGUGGAAAACUUCACCUUCAGCGACAUCCAGUUUGAACUCUUAGAUUAUGGACCAAAUGGACUCCUGGUGCCCAAAGAAGGAAAAUUAGAGCAUGUAUAUACAGUGCUGAAAAAUGCCCACCCAAAGUUACAUGUGUACAAGAAAGAAGAGUUUCCAAAGAGAUUCCACUAUGCCAAUAAUUCCCGUAUCACGCCGCUCUUGAUGUACAGUGAUCCAGGAUACGUGAUCCAUGGGAUUCAGGCGCCCCUCUCCUUCCUGCCAAGAGGCUGCCCAUGGUGCUGGGAAUUGCUGCCGUCCUGGGUUGCUGGAGGGGAAUAUACUAACCCCGGCUCAGCACAGCCUCCGAGUUCCAGGCAGCUCUACAAGAAAUAUGUGCAGAGGAGAGGAAGGACACAUCUCAGGCAGACACCCUAUCACAGGCUCACCGAAGUGUGCCGAGACCCACUCCAACACAUCAGCAAGUUGCUGAUCCGCUUCCCUCCAGAAUUCCUGAGGCGCCUCCCCCGUGCGCGGAGACGCAUUGCCAGGGAAGCUGACACCGAUUUACACCGCGACCUUGACGAAGCCAUCCCAUAG